AAAUAUGGACGAUUUUUAGGUAAUAUUUGCCGUUCACCAAUGGCUGAAGCUGUAUUUCUUCAAUUAUUAAAGGAGAAAAAUAUUCGAAAUCAGUGGAAAGUAGAUAGUGCUGGUGUUAUUGAUUAUCAUAGUGGAAAAGCACCUGACAAGCGGACAAUGGAAGUAUUAAUUAAGCAUGGUAUCAAGGAUUAUGAACACAGGGCACGACGUGUGACUGUCGACGAUUUUAAUAAUUUUGAUUAUAUUUUUGGAAUGGAUAAAGAUAAUGUUAAUGAUUUAAAAAAAUGUCGGCCAAAGCAUGGCCAUAGCAAGGCUAAAAUCCUUUUAUUAGGCAGUUAUGAUCCUAAAGGUCAAGAAAUCGUCGAAGAUCCUUAUUACGAGUCUGGAUUGAAUGCUUUUGAAAGAACUUACGAACACUACUUAGCGACAGAAUUAGAAUGGCCUACAGGUGCGUUAGUUGCUCAAGGUGCACAUGCUGCAACGGCCUGUAUUUGGAAGUUUAAAGACGAUCCGGAAGUGAUCGAAUAUAUGAACAAUAUCGAUAGCUUGGCAAAAGUUGUCUUGCAGGUUUCAAACGAAGCUGAAAUAAAAGAAUUGUCGAAAAUAUUCCAUAAUGAAAAUAUCGAUCAUUAUGUUUGGAUCGAAGAUGGAAUGUCUGUUUGUUUAGCAACAAAGCCUUUAGUGAAGAAAAAAAUUCAUUCGUACGUAAAGCAUUUGCAGUUAUAUAAAAUUCCAUAA